CCGCACCCUGUGUCGAGCCAAAGCCCCGCGUGUCACUCACAAGGACGGGAUGUAAGGUUGACGGGGGCCUUUUUGUUUCCCUUCGCCGGUCGACACGCGGUUCGCGGGCUUUCGGCUAUACUUGCGCGACAAAAAGCAAUAAUAUACACGCGGACCACGUGAAUUUCCCGACAGAGUCGGGGGAGGGACAAGGAGGUUGGUCGAUGUAUAUUCGCUGAUACUCGUACAUCCAGCUUCGGCACCACGUCGGCGACGAUCUCUCCCUGCGCGGGUCCUUGGUGUAAAUUUAGGUGAUAACUCCCAUCAGGUCGUUGAUUCUCUGUGGGGAAAACAGUAAGGAGAUGGACGAUAUUUAUGAUGCUUUGAAAAGUACAGCUGGAAGGUCUGCUGUGGAACAGGAGCUUCUAAGUGGUCAUCAUCAAUUUCACGAGACCAACCACGCUAAACCAACUUAUUGCAAUGUUUGCAGAGAUUCUUUUUUAGGAGUUACGUUUCAUGGUUUUAGUUGUGAAAUUUGUAAAUACAAAGUGCACAAAAGAUGCAUCUUAAAAGCAAUAAACAACUGCAAGUGGACCACAUUAGCAUCCGUUGGCAAAGAUAUUAUAGAAGAUCCAGAUGGAAACAUUUUGAUGCCUCAUCAAUGGAUGGAAGGAAACCUCCCAGUGGCCUCAAAAUGCUUCAUCUGCGAGAAGAAUUGUGGUUCUGUGCUUAGUAGGUUACAAGACUGGAGAUGCUUGUGGUGCAAGGCCACAGUGCACACUGCAUGCAGGCCACACAUGAAAAUAACGUGUCCCUUAGGGCCAGCUAAGCUGAGCACUGUACCACCAACAGCCUUACACAGCAUAGGUAGUGAUGAGGCAUGGGAUGCCGUGAGGCCCGUUGGCUGUAGUCCACUUUUAGUAUUUGUUAACAGUAAGUCUGGUGACAAUCAAGGGCUUAGGUUUUUAAGAAGAUUUAAGCAGAUACUCAAUCCGGCCCAGGUGUUUGAUCUCAUUAAAGGUGGUCCAGGUCCCGGGCUGAGGCUGUUUCGGCACUUUGAUCCGUUUCGUAUACUAGUCUGCAGUGGUGAUGGAUCUAUUGGCUGGGUUCUCUCCGAAAUCGAUAGAUUAGGGAUGCACAAACAAACUCAGGUCGGCACUUUGCCUCUCGGAACAGGCAAUGACUUAAGCCGAGUCCUCGGGUGGGGCAGUUCUAUUUCUAACGUGUUAGAUGACUCGAAUCUGACGAUUUUGCUUGAUAAAUAUGCCCAAGCCAGUUGCAAAAUGUUAGACAGGUGGAGCAUCAUGGUGUUUGAGCGACCCGUUGAUGUUAGCGCUCAAAAGCUGCAGGAUCAGUCGGAUUCGGCUAUAAGCCACAGUUUAGUUCACGAGUACGAGGAUAGCGUCAUGUCCCAUAUUACCAAUAUAAUGCAGUCGGACCAGGAGGCCAUCGUCAUAUCCAGUGCCAAAGUGCUGUGCGAAACGGUUAAGGAAUUUGUGGUCCGAAUAUCCGAGACGAGUGUGAACGCGGGCGACGAUCAGAUGGGUGAAAAGUGUGAUAUACUGCAGCAGAAGCUCGAUAUGUUGCUUCAAACGCUGCAUCGGGAGGAGAACUUUAUCGCAGACGCGGAUGAAGACGCGAACGCGGACACUAUCAAGUCGGACAAACUGCCCAGUCUCGAGGAACAAGAAGAGAAGGGUUUGCUGGAGAAGCCAGAAAAGGACCUAUCUAAUCUGAAGAAGGUGCGCCAAAGGAAAGGCUUUGAGGAGAAUCAGGCAGUCAUAUCCAGAGCAAAUAGUUUGAAAAGAGCCAUCAGACGGCUUGUAGAGCACACCGAACAAGCUGUCGAUGAGCAGAACAGCGCGACAAAAACACCGAACAUCACGAUCACGACCGAUAGUGAUGAUUUAAAUGCAGAGCGUAGACGACAAUUGGGCAUACCUGACUGGAACAAGGACUUUAACAUCGAAAGCCUAUGCGUGACUCCGUCUUUGGAGUCGGCGAGUAGUUGUGACAUGACGCCUUGCUCCUCGCCUACACCGAAUGUUACAUCACUGAGUCCAAUGCCGGAUAUCAGACGAGACUCGCAACCUGAGGAGUUGCUCACAUUACCAGCUCCCGAUGGCUUUGCCGAUAGUAGGAGAAACAGCGAAAAUUUUCCUCAGGAAGUAUUUAGUUUUGAGUCGAAUACAGUUGAAUCGGCAGCUAAUAAACUUUAUCAACAACAAAGACCUAGUCCAAACGAGUCAGAGCCUACACAGCCAACUCAAUCGGAUUUACCAGUAACAGUAACGCCAACCAGUUUAGACACUAGCUCGCCUUCUGACGACACAACCAUACAAUAUUAUUUCCUUAAGGACGCUAUUAUAUCUCCGGAUACCGAUUCGGUGCCAUCGGUAGACGCUUCUCCCGAGUGUCCGGACACAAAAUCGGCCAACGAUGCUCCAAAAAUCGGUACUCCCAGAGGCAGCUGCACCAAUAGUAUUGUCAGUUCGGACAGUAUGGUUUCGGAAUCGUUAGACUCGAAAAACAACUACGUAUUUAAAAACAGCGAGAGUGAGAUCGGACGUAAAGAUAGCGAUAUUUUAGACUCAACGAAGCGUUCGGAAAAUUCAGAGAUCGGGCACAUUGACUCGCCAGAAAAUUCAGAUCUCUGUAUGAGCGACAUUCCUAACUCCGAAAGCAUAAUCGAUGACUUGAGUUCUCUGGGGCAGGACUUGUUUAGCACUAUGGUUGGAGAAAAGUACGAUUCUGUUAGAGAGGGUGUGGAGACUGAACAUCUGGAGAAACCUCAAAAGUUUUGCAGUUUGGCCAAGUUCGUUGAAGGUAACGAUAUAGCUCGAAGAUCAUUCAAAAGGCCAAAAUCAUCCAAAGUUAAUAAAGAGGGCAUUUUCAAGGGAAAUCCAAUAGGUCCAUUUAGCAGCAUAGUUGAAAAAUUUUCAGAAAGCGAGUCUAAUGAUCCAAGUCCCGAAGAUGACCAAGAAAAAUUAGGAGCUUUGCUCGACGCUCCAGUCUGUCGAUUUACCGUGACAUCGAGUCCAAGCCCAUCUAAUGACAAUUCGCCCAAUUUUCCACCCGCGAUCAGCGUAAUUGUCGACCCACCAAGUCCGUCUGCCUCUGUCAAGAGUAAAAAUGAAAAUGAAUUCGGUUAUGGUCAUCUUGGUGCUUAUUUUCGUAGAUACAGUGGAGGAAGUAUGGAAAAGCUGAGUGUUGAAUUGCCAGAUGAUGUAGGCUCCUCGCCACAAGCAACGCGACGCAUCAGUGUGGGUAGUUUGUUAAAAUCCAACGAUAUGUUGUCAGUACAAUCAUUGACGUCUAGAUACGGUGGCUCCAACAUGAGUUUGAAACACGAUCGAUCCAAAUCCAUUGAUAAGACUGAUGAAGUGAAAAAACUACCAAUAAUCAAUCCAUUAGUCAGAUUACCCAUGUGGCCAGACGUAAGCGGUGGUUUAAUAAGUCAAGCUCUCUUGGCUAAUGCCGAUGCUCUUUGCGCUGCUGUGUCUCCUCUGAUGGAUCCAGAUCAAACCCUGAUGGAAGGUUACUUUGAACGUUCCGUCAUGAAUAACUAUUUCGGCAUUGGUAUCGACGCAAAGAUCAGCUUGGAUUUUCAUCAUAAGCGAGAGGAACAUCCGGAAAAGUGCCGAUCGCGUGCAAUAAACUACAUGUGGUACGGUGUACUGGGAUCAAAACAAGUGUUGCAGAGAACUUACAAAAAUCUCGAUCAGAGAGUGCAGCUAGAGUGUGACGGCCAAAGGAUUCCUUUGCCAUCACUUCAAGGCAUCGUGGUGCUCAACAUUCCAAGUUUCAUGGGAGGCACGAAUUUCUGGGGUGGAACGAAAGAGGGUGACAUUUUUCUGGCGCCCUCAUUUGAUGAUCGCAUACUGGAGGUAGUGGCUGUUUUUGGCUCGAUGCAGAUGGCUGCUUCUCGUCUGAUAAAUUUGCAGCAUCAUAGAAUCGCACAGUGUCAAUCCGUUCAGAUUAAUAUUUUGGGGCAAGAAGGUGUGCCCGUGCAAGUUGAUGGCGAAGCCUGGAUACAACAGCCGGGUGUCAUCAGAAUCAUUCACAAGAACCGGAUGCAAAUGCUUUGUAGAAAUAGGGCUCUGGAGACGUCUCUGCGAGCCUGGCAAGAAAAACAGAACAAAACAAUCGCCGCUGUCACACAACCAUCCUCGCGAUCGAAUAGCCAAGCACAAAUCGACAACAAACAGUCCUCUUUAGUUGGUGAAGAGAUGAUGGUCUUGCUUGGAUUCAUCGAGGUUGUAACUACUCUCGUCAAAUGGGUAAAAAUGCUCAUUCUCGCACAUCCUAGUUUAGCGCCGCAUCUCUAUCAGCUAGCCGAACGUACAGCCAAGUCGGUAGAUAAGGUUCAUCCGGAUGGUAAACUUCUUGAAGGGCCAACUUUGAGGCAAGUGAUCACAAACAUGGUUUCCAAUGCAAGACAACUUUAUGAAGAGUCUUGUGAAGUCCUUCGUGAUAAGGCCCAUCAAUUGAAGGUCCGAGAAGACCUGGAGCACAAGCUAUCAACAUCUUUGGCAACCAUGGAGCAGGAACUACGAAAAUGUCAGUUUGACGAAGCAGGAUCCGGGCUCGUGUACUUACAAAAUAUUCCAUUAGACGAUCAGAUCGACAAAAAAAAUCGUCACCGAGGCUUGUUCUGGUUAAAGUUCCGGCGUUCGACUUCAACUUCAUCAUCACCGCUACCCCGUGACCCGAUUCGCGAUCAAGUAACCACGUGGGGUGUUCCUGAGGUCUGCUCAUGGUUGAUAAACCUUCAGUUAGGCGAGUACUGCGAAAACUUCAAGUCCCACGAUAUCCGCGGCAGAGAACUGUUGACGCUGGCAAGACGGGACCUCAAGGAGUUGGGUAUAACGAAGGUGGGACACGUUAAAAGAAUACUCCAGGCCAUCAACGAUCUGAACAGCUAAGGAGUUUUUUUAAUAAUAUAAUAAUGGCGAUGGUGGUGGUGUUGGCAAGAAAGUUUGAAUUGCCAACGUAUAGAGUGUUUGGUGGUGAUCUGUGAUAGAACGCUGCGAAAUUGUUAAGUGUUUUUCGCUACAUUUUCACGAGUCCCUGUCAACUUAAAGUUAAUUUGCGUUGUUUACGGUUUUUGAUUUACAAAAGUAUAAUGGUAUAAUUCUUUUAAUGGUAAAGUACACUUGUACCGAUUAAAGUACUUAUUUAUUUAUUCACUCAUUAAUUUAUUUAUUUAUGGUUCAUCGGGUAGAAAAUUGAGAAAUCGCAAGUUUGGAAUUGAUUAAAGGGCGUAUCCGAUAUGCAUCAAUACAACGAUUGCGUAUUUCGUAUGUUUUCACGAAAUGUAUUCUGCAAUAUUGUUGAGACAAAUGUUUGCAUCCUUGAAAGGUGGCUGUGAUUUCUUUACAGAGUAAUAAGCUCAUUAAAACGAACGAAAAGAGCAUAAAACGUUGAGUAAUACUUGUUUCCUAAACAAAAAGUGUAUUAGUUUGCAUAAUAAUAAUUUUUCUUACAAGUACCUGCAAGUAAAUUUUUAAAGGAAAUACCUUUGAAAAAAGAACUGCAGCGUUACCUCCUUAAUGAUACUCUAAAAUAAACUGGAGAUUCAAAUUCACUAAAUGAUUUUGUAUGUAAGAUUUAAGCUUUUCGGUCAGUUACCGCAUGAUGAUUAAAAUAAUUUUAUUAAUAUGAUGACGAGAAAACCAUACAUCUAAGUGUUUUAUGGAAGCAAUAAGGAUUAGGUACGUAACAUAAUGUACCUUACUAUUUAAUUAUAAUCUGAGAAGAAUUAGAGCUUCCCUCUUUUUCUAAUUGAUCUCAAUUCUCCCUAGAAUAGCGUGUUUUCGUUAUUCUUCGCAACGAAAAAAUGUUUGCAUUUAUACACCUACCUAUAUUUUGAGGAUAUUCGUCUUCCAAUAUCAAUAAAUUAUUUUUAUUUUGAAGUGGUGGACUACUUAGUUGAAAAAAAAAAUAUUUCAAAUCGCAUUGUUUGAAACCAAACAAUAUGUACUCGAAUCAAUCAACGAAUAAUUAAAAAAUCUAAUUCUUUACCGUAAAUCUCGCUGUAAAGAUGUUAAAGGUAAUCCAAAAAUAUACGGCAUUGAAAAAACCAAAAAUAAUAAAAACAAGUGUAUAGAGACAAAAGCUCAUCUAGUAAGUUCCUAGUUCUUCGUUGGCGUGGUGUGGAAAAGUCCUAAAUAAAUAAAAAAAUUGUAGUUGUUUCAGCUCUAUUUCAAGAAUCAGACCCUUUAAAAAAAACUCCGUGUAGUAAUUAGCUAUCACUUAUUAAGUAUAAAUCUAUUAUUACUAUUAAUCUUUUUCCGUGUCGAUAAGAACAGCGCAUUUCGAAUAAGGGACAUGUAUAUAAGGAAUAAAAAAAAAUUCCGCACUGCUUGUUGAUAAUCGACGGUUAUUGCCGAAUUUAGUCUUUUUUUACGAAUCUAUGGUAUUAAAAAAUAACACAUACACAACUACAGUGUUGUAUGUAUUAAAAAAAAAUAAUAAUA